GCAUGGCCUGCAGUCAGAAGCUGCCAGCCCCGCACAGCAUGACAGCGCACCACAGCAUGAGAGCGCGCCACAGCAGGGGGGGCCUGGGCAUGGAGGACAUGUGUCGCUGCGAGCAGCCGUGCAGUCCUUAUCUGUGGAGGCGCUGCAUGCCAUCAGCUUCGCGCUGCAGCCGUUCCCCGCCACAUCCACGGCCUUGUUCGUCUCAACUCACCCAUGGCUGAGCCCGGCAGCGCUGCCACCCGCCACUCGCGCCACAGCAGCACAGCAGGGGCACCCCGGCAGCAGCGGCGCUGCAGCGCAUGGCGGCCCCACGGUGCACGUGGGUGACGUCAUGCUGGUGGCGUGGGCGGACCCUCUUCUGCACCUCCACGCGCUGCUGGCUGCUGGCGUGGCGGGGAGAACGCACCAGGGAGAGGUGGAGAGAGGCCGGGGUAGGUCGGAUGGAGAGGCGCGAGGAGCAGGGGCGAGCAGAGACGGGAGGAGUAGCGGAGGAGGGAGUGGUGCGAGGGGGCCGGGGGCGCACAGGAGUGACGAGGGCGCGGACGAGCACCGUCUGGCACGGCUUCAGCAGGUGUGUGUGAGUGUAAGCACCGCCUGCCUGCCCCUCACGACUGCUCCCACGCCUCUCGCGACUUUGGCGGAGAGUGGCAGCACUGCUCAGGAUGCACACGAAGACAGGUGGCUGCACUCGAUUGCCACCGAGCCCCUUGAUGCUGUGGUGGAGGUGGAAGGGGUGACGGUGGAAAGAAUUGCAGUGCGGUGCAAACAGGUGCUGUUGCAACAAGAAAAGCAGCAGCAUCAGGGCCAGUUCAGUCAGUGCAAACGGCAAUACGAUGGGAGUCAUGCUCUUGACCUGCAGGUUCAGCGUGUGUCGCUCACUGUCUCGCGCCAUCAGGCCGACACCCUCCUGCUGCUGCUCCACCACUUGCCGCCCUCUGUGACUCCGCUGCUGCGCUCACAUGCCACCACUGCGCCCACUCAGCAAGGCACGCAGGGCAGCACGGAUAGACGCAGCAGCAGGUACGGGAAUGGCGCCAGCGAUCCAGUGACACGUGUCAGCAUGCGAGUGGCUGAGUGCACCGCAACCUUGCCCCUGUGGACAACUGCCAGCAGCACUGCCAGCUGCUUCCACGGCCCUCACACAACCCAGCACGCCUCCUCACACGUCCAAGCCACCAUCGUUGACUGCCUUGUCUGCGUGCCUGCAGUCGGCAUGGGCUUUAACGCCCCUGCUUCUUCGUCCUUUACUACACCACCACCACCAGCACAGGGCCGGGCGUUGCCAGCAGCUCCAGUGGCACACGGCAGGGUGGGGCGAGUAACGGUGGUCACAGUGAGAGACACAGUGAGGGGCACAGUGAGGGACACAGUGAGGGACACAGUGAGGGACACAGUGAGGGACACAGUGAGGGACACGAACCGCCCAUCGGAAGCACGUCAGCCUUGGACGCUUGGCAGCAGAUCAGGCAGGGAGCACUUCACACUCCUCGCCCUGCCCCGCUCUGCCCACACACCGCCUUCCUCCCACGCCCCUCAUCGCCCCCUCCAUGCUCCUCCACCUGCACCCGUGCCUGGCCUGUCGUCCCACCAGGCCCCAGAGCCAGGCUGCCCUGCCCACGCUACAGGCGCCCCUGCAGGCAUUGCUUGGAGCGUGGUUGAGGGAGAGAGGGCGUGUGCUAGUGGCAGGGAAUGCAGAGCGCAAGGGGAGGGGGCUGGCAGUGUGCAGGAGCAGCGGCGGUGGUGGGUGGUGGUGGAGGCUGCGCCCAUCGUGGCUGCGGCUGAUGCCCGGCUCGUGCACGAGGUCAUGGCCAUGACGUACGACAUCCUCAAUCGCCUGCACGCCAUGCCAGCAGCAGCGCAACACCAUGCACAUGCGGGCCACACAGGGGCGGGCGCUGCGUCUGCCUGUGCACGCCAGGGCGCAGUGCAUCCUGCCGGCGCGCCGCCAGAGCGCCACUCACACACGGCACCACAGCACGCACAGCAGCAGGCAACCCCUGGGGAGAGGGGAAGCCGUGCACCCACUAGAGGGUCAGUGCAGACGCUGUGGGGCGUGCAGGUGGCGAGCAGCGGCGCUCUCAUCUCCCUGCUCUCCGCCUUCGAAGCCUUUGAGGCUGCUGAAGGCCCCCCCUCCCCACGCUCUCCCCAUGCUCGCCAGCACCGCACAUCCUCCCCGCCCGCCUCCUCUGUCUCCUCCCCCUCUGUGCUGUCCCGCCUGCCCCGCCUCUCCAUCUCGUCCCACUUCGUCGCUCCUGAUGACCCCCACUCGCACCCACUCCCACAUGCCUUCCAGAGCCACGAGCAGCACUGGCAGCAGGAACAGCAGCAGCAGCAGGAGGAGCAGCAGGAGAGAGAUGAGCAGGCGGGAGCAGGAGUGUCGAUUGAGCUUGAGGGCUGCACCCUCACGCUCUCCCUCACACCUUCCCUCCACGACAUGCGCAGAUUCGCAGGCACCCAUGACUCCGCCUGCCCUGGUCGGACCAUCACCCCUCCCCAUGCGCCGUGCACCGCCCACUCUCCCUCGCACCUUGCACUCGCCCCCUUCCUCAUCCCCAACCUCGAGCUGCAGUCAGCCCACACCACUGUUCGUGUGCUCAACACGGAGUUCGUCUCCAGCCCCGCUCUCGUCGCCCGCAUGCACGGCACCGCACUGCACCUCACAGCUCUCGGCAGCCCCUUCCCUCUGCGCCUCACCAUGCAUGCCGACUUCGCUUCCCCGCGCCUGUGCCCGAAAGUGGUGGUGCCGCUGCUCGGGGUGAUCGCCUCGCUGCGGGAGGCGUGGGCGGCAACGAGGGGGUUGCGGCUGGCGCGGGUGACAGAGCCUGCGCCGUACGAUGACCUGCGCAGCGGGGCGUUUGAGCGGUGCAAUGCGGUGGGGGGGCUGCAAGGGAAUGUGGAGGGGUUAGAGGACUUAGAAGGGGGCGAGGUGGCGUGGGGCGAGGGGGUGGCGAGCCGGGACAAGCCUCUCAGCAACAUCUGCUUUGGGGGUGGCUGGAUAGCAUGGCGCUACCCCUACCCGCGGGCCGUCCACCAGCUGGUCAUCGCUGGUCCUCUCCUCUCCGGCCCCCUCGCCUGGCGCCUGCCCCCCGUGGCGCUGCGCCUCGCGCGCUUUGACCGCACCCUCUCCGACUUCACCGACGCCCUCCCCCCCAGCCUCUGCCCGCCCUCCUCCGAGCCCUGCGCGGCCCACCCUGCUGAUGCCGCCUGCCCGACGCGCCCGUCGUGCCGGUCGUGCCCCCGGUGCCCUGGGUGCCGGCCCAUGGUGCUGGAGCCGGAAGGGGAGGGCGAGGCGGAGCUGUGGCUGCUGUCGUGGUUUGUGCCGCUCAACCCCGCUGAUGUCAUGCACCCGUCCGCACCGCCAGGUCAGCACGCUCAUGCGGCCGCGGAUGCUGCCAGCAGGCCUGCUGCCGCCGCCGCCUCUCCUGCGCCCUCCUCUGGCGCCACCGGCUCUCUCGCCGGUGCGCUCUCCCUGCUCUCCUCCGUCUACGGCUCUGCCGCUGCUGCCACCCUCACUGCCACCAUCACUGGCGCGCCCGGCUCGGGUCAUGCCCCUCUCACUGCAAGCACCCCACGCACCUUCUCCGCGCUCCCAGCAGCCGCCAUGCUCUCCCCCCCCAUGGACACGCACCUCCUCCCCGCCUCUCUCAUGCUCGCCCGCCUCCUCGUCAACCCCACCAGCGCCGGCCCGCACACGCGCCCGCGCCUGCCGUGCGCGCCCCUGGUGCCGUACCUGCGCAUCGGUCUGCAGGCGCGGCUGGUGGAGGUGCGUCUGGUGGAGGACAUGGACGUGCGUGAAGGGGGCGAGAGGGAGGCGGUGGUGGUGGCGCAGGAGGGCGUGCGGGCGUGCAUGCACAUGUGGAGCACGCGCAUGUGGGCGCUGCACGCCGCUGCCACUGCCAGCGCUGAUGCACUGCACGCCGCGGACCUCACUCAGCUGCCUCUCCUGGAGCCUCUCUCCAUCCGCGCCUCCCUCGCUGUGCUCUGGAAGCCCUUCUGGUCGCCCGCCCUGCUCUCCCGCCACCAUCGCCACCAUCACUGUCGCACGCAUCCCCGCUCCUCUCUCUUCUCCUCCCCCCCUCGCCCCUCCUCACCCCCUCGCCAGCCCUCCUCUCCCCCUCGCACCCACAACUCCCACUCCUCCCACUCUUCCCGCUCCUCCCCCUCCUCGCCCUUCCCCCCCACGCCUGUCUGCCUGCCCGCCGACCCUUUUGAUCUGCACACGGCCCCCUCCUCGCUGGGCAUGGCGCUGGGCGUGCAGGUGGGGGGGCAGGCGGCGGGGCAAGGCGGUGGCACUCGCAGGGGGUGUGGGCGGCGCAGGGGCAGAAGCAGGGGCGUGAGGGAGUGUGAGGGGGGGGACGAGCAGGGUGCGACGGUGCAUGUCAGGGUGGCGUCACUGAGGGCCGUGCAGCGACUGGUGGCCGCAUGGACGCGGCAAGGCGAGCAGAUGCCCGCAGGGACGCGGCAGGAGAUGCCCGCAUGGACGCGGCAAGGCGAGGAGAUGCCCGCAGGGACGCGGCAGCAGAUGCCCGCAGGGACGCGACAAGGCGAGGAGGGACGAGGCGGGGUGGGAGUGGGGGCAGCAGAGAAGGAGAGAGAAGAAAGGAAUAAGGCCCAGAAGGAGCGGGUGAAGAGAGAGGGGCGAGCACAAGAGAGUUUGGAGAAGAUUUUGGAAUCAGGAAAGAGUACGGAGGACGAGGGGGGUGGAGCAGAGGCAGGCGGCGGGCUGCAGAAGCAAGGCACCGGAGGAACGCAAGCCCUCGCCACUUGCACUCCCGCCCUCGCUGCCUCCACUUCAACCCCCCUGUUCGGCUCCAUGCUUGAGAACCGCUGCCCCGUGCCCCUUCAAUUUGGCCAGCAAGGCACACAUGAGGCCAUCUCCCUGCCACCCGGCUGCUCGCUAGGCUACAGCUGGCGCCGCCCACCCUCGCUUGUGCCGGGUGCUGAGUGCAAGUUGCGUGUGCGUGUUGGCGAAUGGGGGAGAGGGGAGGGGAGAGAAGAGGUAGAGGGGGGAGAGUGGAGAAAUGGAAGGGGUGGGGAUGAAGGGAAAGAUGCAUUGGGAUGGGAGGCGCUGAGUUUGGAAGGAGGCGAGAACAGGGAAGUACGGAGGCAGCAGCAGCAGAUGGGUGCAAGCACAACGCCUAGUGGACAUGACGUGGCAUGCGGUGAUUGGUCGGCACCUUUUCACUUGCAACCAGGGGAGCGCCUGUCGUUCGUCCUCGCUGUGCCCGUGCUCCGCGACGGCCAUCUCACAGCCUCCAUUUUCGUCACCAUCUCUCCUGGCCCUGGCUCCAUCACGCAUGUGCUCUUCACGCCGAAUGUACUUAUAUCGAAUCACACAGGCCAGGGAGUGGCAGUGGAGAUGAGGGGCUGUGCCCUGCCAGUGGGCGCCAGCACCAGCACCUGCAGCAGUGCCAGGGGCACGUCUUCCGCUUCCGCUCCCGCUGCCAUCCGCGCUCCUCAUGCUGCCAUCUCGCCAGCUGUCAGUGCGGCCAGCAGAGAGGCUGACACAGGGGAGUGCGAGGCGUGCACUGUGCAGGUGGAAGGGCGGCGGAAGGGAGCCAGGGAGCAUGUGAGGCACGUGCUGGUGGGGAGGCAGAUGGGAGGUGCGAGGGGGGCGGCCAUGGCGAGGGGCAUGCAGGAAGGUGCACAGGUGAAGGGGGGCAUGGAGUCAAGGGGCAUGGAGUCAAGGGGCAUGGAGUCAAGGGGCAUGGAGGUAAGGGAAGGGAAGGGAGGGAGAAUGGAGAGGGCAGAGGCGAGGGACGAGGAGGUGAGGCAGAGGGGCGAGGGCGAUGGCAGGGGAGGAGGCGCACCUCUCCUGCUGCGCGUGCUGCUUCCAGGGGAGCGGCGGUGGUCCGCCGCCAUCGCCGUUGAGCACCGCUGGCUGGGGCUGCACACAAAUGAGGUGGGGAGGAGGCUGGGAGGGGCGAAGGACGGGAGGAGAGGGACAGAGAGAGGGUUGGGGAAGGCAGCAGGAUCCGCAACAGCAGCAGACGGGGGGGCAAGCCGUGGCGGCAGCUCGCUCACUUUCCUGCUGACAGGCGAUGCGUGUGUUCCCGCCACAGGGCCGCCCUUCCCCCCUCCGCCGCAAUCCAAAGAGAGUGUGUGGGUGAGGCUUCUGCUGCCCUCCUCCAUCGUCCCCCUCACAGGUUCCCCUUCCUCCUCCUCCCUCUCCAGCCUCCCUCCUGCCAGCACCCCUGGCCCCGGGUUUACUGCGGCCCAUCCCCUGUGUGUGGAGCUGUGGCCCGCUGCCUUCCUCUGCAACGCCCUGCCCCUGCCCCUCUGCGCCCGCCUGCUGCCGCUGCUGUGUGUGCCUGGUGCGAGCGGCAGGGAGCAGCUGAGGUUGGGCGCACAGAGGGAGGGGGGAGAGGCGGGGCAGCGGCAGGCAAAGGAGGCGACGGGCGAGGGAGUGGCGGAGUUCCAAGUCGGGGCACGGGAGGAGGUCGCUAUUGGCGGCGGCAUCUGGGGAAGGUGUGGCCUGUCCCUGUCCCUGGCUCUGCCCUGCACAGACUCCUCCAUUGGUGCAAAGUCGCACGCAGCUAGCCACGGCAGCAGCAGCAGUGGCAGCAGCUCUACUGUUGCUGGCACGCUUGACUCACAUGGGCCCCACGGCCAGGAAGCAUCCAUGUGGAGCAGCCCCCUUGCUCUGUACGCUGUUGCCCCUGCCACCCAAGGCAGGGCGAUUGGAGGCAGCGGUGAGGGAGAUGGUGCAGAAUGGCGGGCAGGUGGAGAGGGGGAAGAGGGCACCUCUGAUCCGCCGCGUGCCAUCCCACCUGUGGGGGGGACAUGUGUCGUGUGGCUGCCACAGGCGUCGGGCAAGGUGAGUACCUGCAAUCCCUGGAAUCCCUGCAUCGCUUUUCAUUCUGUACUUCCGUUCCAUCCAAAGGCGCUUCAGUGGGAUGAGACCACAAGCAUUGUCUCCCUUUCUCUGUGCGCUUCCUCCCUAUCCCCUUGCCCCCCCUUCCCUUCUCUGGCCAACCAGCCUCUGCUCUGUGUGCUGGCAGCAUCGCACUACUGCCCCUCACCCCUUCCACAGGCUGACACCAUUGCCGCCCCCAUGGACGCCUCUUCACCAUCCACAAGCGCCAUGGCUCUCCCCGCUACUGCUGCUGCUGCCACUGCUGCUGCUGCUAAUGCUGGUGCUGCUGCUCUGUGUGCCGAUGCACCGCUGCCACCAGCUCUCCCCUCGCUGCUCCUGGCCCUCCACCCGGUGGCCGUGCUGCACAACCACCUGCCGUUCCCCCUCGCCCUCGCCCUGCACGAAGCCCCCUUCCCCGACCUCAUCAUCCCCCCCACCCACUCCCUGCCCUUCGCCUGGCCCUCUCUCUCCCACGCCCUCCACCCCCCUCACGCCCCGUCUGCACCCUCUCCCCCCUCUGCUGCCGCCUCCUCCCUUUCCACGCCUACUGCUGCAUCUGGUCCGGGUGCCACACCUAGGAGGCAGGCUCGGGGGUGGUCAGUGCGGCUUGGAGUGGCAGGAGGGUUGGAGGCAUCGAUGGGAGGAGGGGGGAGGGCGAGGCGGAGGGGGAGGCAGCAGCGAGCAGCAGCAGUGGGGGCAGUGAGCGCGUGUCGAUCGUGACUCUCAGUUCUGACGGCCCCUCGCACCUGCACUGCCUGCUCAACGUCUCACACGUUCCUCACUCACCGCUCAACCCGCCUGCUUCUCCUGUUGACAUGCCCCCCCCCGAGCAUGCCUCCCCCCUCCCCUCGCACAGCACCCACCUCUCCGUCCUCCCCGCCGCCCUCCUCUCCAACCUCACUCCC